UUUAAUUAAAGGACAAUUUUAAUAUUUAAGUCUAUUAUUGUCCGCCCAAAUAUCAUCGGAAGACCACCUUUCCAGGAACGUAUUUUUCCGUUGAAGGCAAGGCAACAAUGGGGUGCCCAGAUCCUAUGAUCCUCGAUAAUAUGGAAAGCUUGCCGGAGCCGCUCUUCGUUUGAUUUCUCUAUUUGUUUCUGCGCCCAUAAGAAACCCUGAUACCUCAUCAUCGUAUAGCAUUUUUUUUUUUGGUUCCAUCUGAUUCUGAGUCAUUCUUUUGGAUCUCCUUGUUGAGUUAUGCUGAAUUUCUUCCGCUAAAAUUUGAGCUUUUUCCAUCAAUGAAGCAGAUGGAGGAUAAUGAAGUCUCCAUCAGAACAGAGCAUCAGCAAGAAAUUGAGAUGUCAAAAGCCUCUAAAGAAAAUGUUCUUACUAUGCCAUCACAGUUAUCUUGCUGUCACAUCUGUGCCUUCUCUCAGCAUGAGAUUAGCAGGUCAGAGUCAGAACAAAGAUCCAAGUCAAGUAGGAAACUGUGUGGGCUCAUAAUAUUUUAUCUAAUUUUCAUGGCAGUGGAGAUUGUUGGGGGUAUAAAAUCGAACAGCCUUGCAGUUCUCACAGAUGCAGCCCAUUUGCUCAGUGAUGUUUUUGGGUUCUCCAUUUCUCUUUUUGCGGUUUGGGCUUCAGGUUGGCGAGCAACAUCACAGCAAUCUUUUGGGUUCAAUCGUGUUGAAGUUUUGGGAGCCCUUUUUUCUGUGCAGCUCAUAUGGCUGAUCGCCGGGAUCUUAAUCUAUGAAGCAGUGAACAGAAUCCUGCACCAGCAUGCAAAGGUGAAUGGGAAGCUCAUGUUUGCAAUUGCAGCAUUCGGUUUUAUAAGCAACUUGAUCAUGGUGACAUGGCUUGGUCAUGAUCACACUCAUCAUGAUUGUGGGCACAAAGAUCAUGAUCAUGACCAUCAUGACUAUCAUGACCAUCAUCAUCAUCAUCAUCAUGAAAGUGACAAACCGUGCUCAAUGGAUGAGGAAGAGAGUACUAAACUGGUGUCGAGUUCCCCAGAAAAAACCAAAAUAUUAAACAUAAAUCUCCAAGGGGCUUACUUACAUGUCAUGGCUGAUCUGAUUCAAUCUGUUGGGGUAAUGGUCGCUGGUGGCAUAAUAUGGGCAAAGCCAGAAUGGUUGAUGGUUGAUCUGGUCUGCACUCUCUGCUUCUCUGUUCUCGUUCUAACAACCACCCUAACCAUGCUUAGAAAUAUAUUCAGUAUACUAAUGGAAAGGGCCCCGAUUGAAAUCGACAUCGCUGGGCUUGAAAAUGGUCUCAAGAGCAUCAAGGGAGUUCAGGAUGUUCAUGACCUACAUGUAUGGGCAAUAACGGUUGGGAAAGUUGUAAUGUCUUGCCAUGUAAUAGCUGAACCAGGAGCCACCUCCAGCGAAAUACUUGGUGAUAUUAGAGACUAUUGUGAAAAAACAUACAGAAUUCUUCAUGUAACCGUACAAGUUGAAUAGUGGUUUACAGAAAUUGUAGUUCA